CCUCCACUCCACACCUCUCUCUCUCUCUCACUCCCAAAGGGUUUUAGCUCUCUCUCUCUCUCUCUUUCUCUCUCUGCAAAUUUCAACCGUUAGAUCUCUCUGUGUGUCUCUGAUCAGUUAUAUACAGUUGCUCUGUGUGUGUGUGGAGUGCAGAGUGGAGAUAGAAUUUUUUUGGUGGUUUUUGGGUUUGGGGGUUGGAAAAUUGGAAUUGGUAUGCACUCGAAGAAAUCAGGAGGAGGAGGAGGAGGAAGGGAUGGAGAGGGUGGCGGUGCGGCGGGGGAGGGGAUGGCGAUGCCGGUGCGAACGAGCGAUAGGCUGCGGAGGAGGCCGAAGAUGUACGGGAGAGCGUAUUUGUACUAUACAGGGAACAUCAGGAAGCAGAAGACCAAGAGCAAGACCAGGACUGCCGCUUCUCAGAUUGCCAAAAUGCUCUGUGUUCGCACUCCCAGUAAAGAUUCAGUUGCAACCAACCUUAGGCGUUCCACAAGAAAGAGAAGGGUUUCUGUAAAUCUCGAGGAUUACACAGAUAGUUCUGGAACAGAGGAUGAAGACUUAAUGAGACCCACAUUUCGACGUUUGAGGAACCGGGUUGACAAUAGUAUGAGUCAUGAUGACUUAUCAUCUCCCAAGCGUAGGAAGAUUGUGGAUACUAAACCAGCACCUAGGCGUGAAGGACUGCGCCCUCGUCGUUCUAAAUCAAUGGCAAGAGAACGGUUGGAGUUAGAGUCUGAUGAUGAGCAAGGUACUUCAUUAGAGAAGGCAGGUCAAGAUGACAUGGAAAAUGGGAAUGAUGUUGACGAUAAUGACGCAGAUGAUGGUCAAAAUGAAGGUGAGGGUGAAGAUGAGGAUGACGGUGAGGAUGAAGGAGAUGACGAUGGUGAUGGUGAUGAUGAAGAGGGUGAAGAAGAACAAGAGGGAAGGAGGAGAUAUGAUCUCCGAAAUCGUGCAGAAGUAAGACGGCUGUCUAUGGAAGAAGGUAAGCCAAGACCUAGAUCUCCUCGAAGAGUAUUACACCAAGGAAUGGGGACUAAGGUUGGUAGGGAUGUAAGGAAGGGUGGAUCAAGAGUUCAUAAGCGUCAUCGUAUGACGAGAGCUGAAGAUUCUGAUGAUUCUCUUCUUGUGGAUGAGCUGGACCAAGGCCCUGCAAUUCCCUGGGGGAGAGGUGGGAGCAGAUCUGGGCCUCCUUGGCUUCUUGGGGGACUAGAGAUGCAUGGGACAACAGCAUGGGGAUUGAAUAUUGCUGCAUCAGGUUGGGGUCAUCAGGGUGAUGCUUUUACUACGUUGACUUCUGGGAUUCAAACUGCUGGGCCAAGCUCAAAGGGAGGGGCUGACAUUCAACCUUUACAGGUUGAUGAGAGUGUUAGUUUUAAUGAUAUUGGUGGGCUUUCUGAAUAUAUUGAUGCUUUGAAGGAAAUGGUUUUCUUUCCCUUAUUAUAUCCAGAUUUCUUUGCUAGUUAUCACAUCACCCCACCAAGAGGAGUAUUGUUAUGUGGUCCUCCUGGCACUGGGAAAACGUUAAUUGCCAGAGCAUUAGCCUGUGCUGCGUCAAAGGCUGGCCAGAAAGUGAGUUUUUACAUGCGUAAGGGAGCCGAUGUUCUAAGCAAAUGGGUUGGUGAGGCUGAAAGACAAUUGAAACUACUUUUUGAGGAAGCACAAAGGAAUCAGCCUUCCAUCAUCUUUUUUGAUGAAAUAGAUGGACUCGCUCCUGUGAGAUCUAGCAAACAAGAGCAAAUUCAUAAUUCUAUUGUAUCUACAUUGCUUGCUUUAAUGGAUGGUCUUGAUUCUCGUGGACAAGUUGUUUUAAUCGGAGCUACCAACAGGAUUGAUGCCAUUGAUGGAGCCUUGCGACGCCCUGGUCGAUUUGAUCGUGAAUUUAAUUUUCCUUUGCCUGGAUGUGAGGCACGUGCUGAAAUUUUGGACAUUCACACUCGCAAAUGGAAACAUCCUCCUUCAAAGGAUCUAAAAUUGGAACUUGCAGCUAGUUGUGUAGGCUACUGUGGUGCUGAUUUAAAAGCUCUGUGCACUGAAGCUGCCAUUCGUGCUUUUCGUGAAAAAUAUCCUCAGGUUUACACAAGUGAUGACAAAUUUGUGAUUGAUGUUGAUUCAGUAAAGGUUGAGAAGUAUCACUUUGUUGAAGCCAUGUCAACAAUUACCCCAGCUGCUCACCGAGGAGCUGUUGUGCACUCUAGGCCGCUGUCUUCAGUAGUUGCACCAUGUCUACAAAGACAUCUUCAGAAAGCCAUGAAUACUAUAUCAGACAUAUUCCCUCCAAUUGGAGUUUCAUCAGAGUUGACCAAGCUUUCUAUGCUCUCUUAUGGUUCUGCUAUUCCUCUUGUCUACAGGCCUCGACUUCUAAUUUAUGGUGGUGAAGGUACUGGGCUGGAUCAUAUUGGGCCAGCAAUUUUACAUGAAAUGGAGAAAUUUCCCGUUCAUUCUCUAGGACUUCCAUCUCUUCUUUCAGAUCCUAGUGCAAAGACCCCAGAGGAGGCACUGGUACAUAUAUUUGGUGAAGCAAGGAGAACAACACCAUCAAUACUCUAUUUACCUCAGUUCAACCUUUGGUGGGAGAAUGCACAUGAGCAGCUCAGGGCUGUCCUGCAGACUUUGCUGGAAGAAUUGCCUUCUGACUUACCUAUAUUAUUUCUUGGAACAUCCUCUGUUCCACUUGCUGAAAUUGAAGAUGUGCCUUCUUCAAUAUUUUCUCUCCGUUAUGUCUACCAGGUCAGUGAACCAUCUGCUGAAGACAGAUCUUUGUUCUUUGACCACUUAAUUGAAGCUGCUCUGUCAGUCUUGUCGGAGGGCACAGCAAAAAAAUCACCCAAGUCGGCCUCCCUCACUGAACUUCCUAAGGCACCAAAAGUGGCAAGUGGUCCAAAGGUCUCUGAGUUAAAAGCCAAGGUAGAAGCUGAGCAGCAUGCCCUUCGCCGAUUGCGAAUGUGCCUAAGAGAUGUUUGCAACCGGGUUUUGUAUGAUAAACGGUUUAGCGCCUUCCAUUUUCCAGUCUUGGACGAGGAUGCUCCAAACUACCGUUCAAUUAUCCAGAACCCUCUGGACGUGUCUACUCUGCUUCAACGUGUUGAUUCAGGGCAGUAUAUUACAUGUUCAACAUUCGCGCAAGAAGUAGAUCUCAUUGUUUCCAAUGCGAAGGCUUACAAUGGAGAUGAUUAUAACGGUGCUAGGAUUGUUAGUAGAGCUUAUGAACUUCGAGAUGCAGUGCAUGGGAUGCUAUCACAAAUGGACCCUGCAUUGGUUGCAUACUGUGACAAGAUUGCUGCCCAAGGUGGUCCUAUGCAUUUGCCAGAUGAUUUGGCAGGUUCUACUUUCCCAUCUAACCCUGUUGUGCAGCUGGGAACUGUUACCAGAGUGAGUGCACGACUUCGUAAUGUCCAACCAGAGGUUAAUCUAGAUCAAAGUUAUGAGGCACUGAAACGGCAAAAGAAGAAUGCUGAUGCUGCACAUGCAGCUUCAACAGUAGAAGAUAAGUCACGGCAGCAAGAUUCACAACUGCCAAAGUCAUCCCAGGAACCUGAGACAAAUGAUGAAAAUCCUGAAAGACCAGAAACCUCAUCUGCUGAUGGUAAUCAGCAUGAAACUUCUGGAGAAGCUUCUGGUCAUGCUGAUGGGAGCGGAUCUGAAGAUGUCGUAAUGUCUGAUGGUGAUAUUUCAAACCAAGUGGAGUCUGUCAAGCUGCUUCUCGUGAAGCAUACCGCUAGCUACAGCAUUCCACAGCUUGAAAGGCUUUACACACGAAUAAUGAAGGGUAUUUUUGAAACCAAAGCCGAAGUAAAAGAUGAUCUUAAGCCUUCAAUUUUGAGGUAUUUAUUGAAAUUUGCUGAGGAUGAGGCAAAUUUCUAAUGCGUUUACAUUUUUUUAUAACUUUAAACCAAAAAAAAAAAAAAAUCCAAAAAUCAAAAAGAUACCAGCAAUGUAAAGUCGGGAUUUUCUUUUCAAUGCAAAAAUCAUUGAGUGAAA